AUGUUCGGGAGAAGCUAUACUGUAAUUACUAACACUAAUCCUGUGACAGGUCAAUUGACCCAAAAUAGGAUAUCUAAAAGAUCAGUUACGGAGAGUGAUGUAGUAGUACAAUUUAGCUUGACAAAAGAUCGGUCAAGUAUAAAGAGGGUGAAAUCAUUAAAGAGGGUGAGCUCCUUGAAGAACUUGAUUGCCAAAGCUAACAGAACACUGUAUAAUGUAGACUCUUCUAAAGUUGUCUAUAAGGCAGGUUUAUCCAAAAAACUACGGAGAUAG